UAUCAAGUUACUCACGAUUCAUCAAUACAUUUUUCCGUCUCAGAAGUACUUAAAGGUUUCCUACCAAAUCCAGACGUGGUUGAUAUGUCAGAUAGAAAAGGAGGCAAUGGAUUAUUCCUUAGUUUGGCCAUUAUGGGAGCUACAGUUAUGCCACAUUCAUUAUAUCUUGGAUCAGGGUUGGUUCAAGCAAGAUUAAAGGAUUUCGACGUCAAAAAUGGAUUGUUCAAACCAUUGAAGGUUGGAUUUGAACCAUCUGAACAAACUCGACCUGAUAGUAUAGUUUCUUCAUCUACAGAAGUUAACGGUGAAGAUGAAUACGAUUUAACACCAUUGGCUACUCCAUAUAUUCAAGACCAGUACGAAAAAGAAGAUGAGCUGACUUUGAAUGUAGAAGAAGACGAUGACGAAGGUUAUCGUCCUUCAGUUCAAGCCAUUGACCAUACCAUGAGUUAUACAAUUAUCGAAUUGGUGAUUUCAUUAUUUACAGUUGCCCUUUUUGUCAAUGCUGCGAUUUUGAUUGUAGCAGGGGCUACCCUUGACAGUGAUAAGAUUCCUGGACACCUGAUGUUCCGUCGAGACGAGCACAGCGAUGGAAAUGAUAGUGAUUCCGAUAGCGACAGUGAUGGCGAGAACACCGAUUAUGGGAAUGCCGACUUGUUUACAAUUUAUCACUUGCUUUCUCGUCAUUUGUCGCCAACUGCUGGGUUUGUAUUUGCUUUGGCAUUGUUAUGUUCUGGUCAAAGUGCCGGUGUUGUUUGUACAUUAGCGGGUCAAAUGGUUUCUGAAGGGUUUUUGAAUUGGAGUAUGUCGCCAGUUGUUCGUAGAUUGAUUACUCGUGCAUUGGCUAUUGCCCCUUGUUUAAUUGUUGUGAGCAUGUCUGGACGUGAUGGUCUUGCAAGAACUUUAAAUGCCAGUCAAGUUGUAUUAUCGUUUUUGUUGCCUGUGGUUACUGCACCAUUGAUUUAUUUUACCUGUAGUAAAGAGAUUAUGAGAGUGCCAGUAUACACUAAGGAUGGCGAUGAAGAUGUUAUUUUUGAAGCGGGCACAGUUGAUGAAGAACGGGUUGAAAAUAGACCAGUGGCGUUGAAACAAACUCCACAAAAGCGAUUCAAGAGUUCCGAUUCUGCGAUUUUACUUCAAGAUUUAAGAAACUCACAUCCUUGUGCCGGAUGGGAAGAUGAUGAAUUAGACCAUGAACAUCAACAGCACGACGAGGAGAGAAGAUUAAUUGAAACUGCCGCCUCCGAAGCUGCAUAUUCACAAUCACAUUCAAUGAUGAAGACUGGAUCAGUCAGCAUCCCUGUAACCACCACCAUUUCCAAUGAUAACAACAAUACCUCACUUCCAAUUGAAAUCUUUGAAAAUGACGAUCAUGAAGUGUAUCGUAUUCAAGGAUACAAAGACUUUAGUAAUGGCCCUACGACAGCAUUCCUUGCGGUUUUGAUUUGGGGGUUCAUUACAGUGUUGAAUUUGUAUUUGAUUGGAAGUUUGUUCCUUGGAUAUGAUGUUCCAUUAUGAUUUUUUUGCAUGUUAGUUUAUUAUUUAUUUAUUUAUUUCUUUGGUUUCGUAUUCUGGUUUAAUAGAGACGUGUUAUUAGAAUAUAUACUCAUUUAUAAUUAGUUUUCGUAAAUCUUGACAUGUCAACUUUGAUUAAUUGUGGCGCGUCCGAUCAUAUCAACGCGACUAGAGUUCCAUACAGGAUCACAUUGAGUAUGUUUCCUUCCUGUUUAUCAUCUCACUUUGUGCACGCAAGCACAUCGAAUAUCCAAUAGGGAGUGAAAGGGAAGAAUACAAGGCUACAAUUCUGAAAAAUAAAAGGAUAGUUGCUAUACGCAAAUUAAACAAUCAGAUUAAAAUCUCGCAGAUCUCGCAAAAACAAAAAAAGAAAAACAACCUUUUGCAGUAUAAACACUGAACAACCAUGCCAACAGUACCUAGACUAAACCACACAAAUACACGAAUAGACCCAGGUUCUGUCGAUUCCAUACUUGAAAUCCUCCAAGAACCAGAACAGCGCACGCUUGUGGCUGACAAAUACGCCAAUUCCAAAAUUAUCGAUGCAGAAGUGAAAGCGUACGCCAAACUUGCUGGGAGUGAUUGGACUUACUACAUCAAGAAACUAAGUAUAAACAUAGGCCGAUCACUGCCCCAUGAUGGCCCCAAACAGGACAAUGUGGAUAUAGACUUGUAUCCGAAUCCGGCGGUUUCUCGACAACACGCAAUUAUCAGUUAUAACCUCCAUGUUCGAUGUUGGGAAUUGAAAGUGGUGGGCCGAAACGGAAUUAAGGUGGACGGACAUAAGAAUAGUACUAGUGUAGUGGCCCUAAGGUCAGGAUGUGUUAUAAAUAUCAUGGGAACAGAGAUAAUGUUCAUUGAAGCUAAUUCAAACAUUACUAUCCUGCCGAGAUUUGCGGCUUUGGUUGAACUGAUAAAUAGAAAAUCAGUGUUGUUGAAAGAUGAUACCCCACCACCUUACACAUACACCACAAUGAUCGCUCAAGCAAUCUUGGCAGAUCAAGAGGGAUUGUUACCAUUUGAUAAGAUAUACUCGUGGAUACUAAAUCACUAUCCUUAUUAUGAAUGUACACGAACAACUACGUCACUACAUAAAUCAAUUGCCCAUACCCUCAAUACCAACAAGGCAUUUGAAUCAGUCAAUGAAAACCCCAGUGACAAGACUCUCGCCAAAUGGCAGAUUAAUGAAAAAUAUAGAAAUGAUUUACUACUGUAUAUGCUGUUGGAAUAUCAGUUUACUAAGUUCCCCACCAUAGCCAAUUUUCAAGAUGCUUCGCUAAGACUUAGUAUACGCAAAUCAAAUCAAUAAACGUUAUUAUUAUUAGUUUUUACUCAAUAUAAACAUACUUAGUUUAAGCAUCGUAAGUAGUAGCGUGAACAUUACCACCUCUACCGGUCCAGUUGAUGUGGAUCCAUUCACCCUUCUUCAAUAAGUCAUUUUCUUGACCUGGCAAUACUUGGAAAGUGUGGGCACCGAAGUAAUCUCUUUGAGCUUGCAACAAGUUAGCUGGUAACCUGGCAGAUCUUAAACCAUCGUAGAAAGCUAAAGCAGUAGAGAAAGCUGGAGCUGGGACACCGUAUUCAACAGCCUUGGCAAUAGAAGCUCUCCAUCCGGAUUGAGCCUUGGUGAUAGCCUUGUUGAAGAAUGGGUGGAACAACAAGUUUUCCAAUUCUGGGUUUUCUCUGUAAGCAGCAGUGAUUUCACCAAGGAAAACAGAUCUGAUGAUACAACCACCUCUCCACAUCAAAGCAAUACCGGCAUUGUUCAACUUCCAACCAUAUUCCUUAGCAGCUUCGUUCAUCAACAUGAAACCUUGAGCAUAAGAGAUAAUCUUGGAAGCAUAUAAAGCUUGUUCCAAGUCAUCAACAAACUUCUUUCUGUCGGUGAUUGGAGAAGCACCAUCUUCAACGGUUGGACCAACCAAAACCUUAGAAGCGGCAACACGUUCUUCCUUUAAGGCAGAAAGACAUCUGGAGAAGACAGCUUCACCAAUUAAAGUAACUGGCAUACCCAAGUCCAAGGCAUUGACAGCAGUCCACUUACCAGUACCCUUUUGACCAGCAGUAUCUAAAAUCUUUUCAACCAAUGGCUUACCGUCGGUUGGGUCAUUGUAGUACAAGAUAUCCUUGGUGAUUUCAAUCAAGAAAGAGUCCAAGACACCCUUGUUCCAUUGAGUGAAAACAUCACCAAUUUCCU